UGGUGACGGAGGACUCAACCUGCACAGCUCUCAAUACGAAUCCCAGGUGACUCUGCGAGCGUUUCAGGAAAUGUGUCGGCCCUCCAGUCCGUCCGGGCACGUCAUCCCGGUCCCACCCGUGCCGCACGAAGUGGGAGAUUGGGGAAAUGUGUCUUGGGAGGAGAUCGCUAUCGACUGCGUUCGAUCUCGGAACCGGCUCCCCCAAGUGUGCCGCUGGGCCGCAUCUCGGAACCAUUGGCCGCUUCUUGUCUCCCUCUCUGCCGUCUUCUCCUUCCCGCAGGAUCAAGUGAUAGAGUGCUUGAAGGAACUGCCAAGUCGAGUGCUGGGAGAGAACUUGGAAUUCGCCCUCGGGAUCCCUCUGAAAAGCGAGACGCCUUCCGCAAACACGUCUCGCGGUCGGCUCUACUCGCGGAUCGGCGUUUCUCCCGAGAAGCUGCCGGGCUUGGGAUUCGGCAGUCCUGGCUCCAGUGACGCAGGGAGCCUGUUUGAAGAACUCGCCUCGGACGCGUCCCUGGCGAAGCCGCGGAUCCCGGGGAGUCCGUCGGACCUCUUCGCCACGAUUCUCGACGCCCAGCGCGACCCUCGUCCCGGACCCCGUCUCCUUCGACUGACCUUUGACCUCAAGAAUCCUUUGCUUGCAGUUCUUGCAACCUGCUUU